UACGAGAAGCAGAAUCUCCCACGACCAGCAGCAUCAUGGACAUCAUGAACAAUCCCUUAGCGACUACUUCUCAACUGCAGCGACGUAAUGACUUUAGUUCCCUACCGAACGACCUGCAAGACAUCGUCUUCUACGCGACACAAUGCCUGACCCAAGCGGCCGGCAUGCUCCUGGAGCUGCCGCAAUCCACAACCGCCCAAGCCAAUGUCCUGCUGGCGCGAUACUGGCUUGUCGAGCCUCCCAUGCUUCACGAAUUUAGCGACGUUUCAGCUGCUGCUCUCUUCCUCGUGGCGAAGAUGGGCCCCAUGCCACGCUCCGUGCGCGACUUCUCCAACGUCUACGCGCACCUCCUUUCUUCCAAAUCGAGCUUCUUUCGCCCAAAACAACCGCUGCCUCCUCCCGACCUGCGACUGUCCUACCAACACGAAGACGAGUACCUGGCCUUUCAGAAUCGGCUCCUCGCUAUAGAACCCCGUAUCCUCUACGCCGUCUCGUUUGAUACGCACGUUUCCCUACCGCACUCGCUGGCCAUAACCUACCUUCAGACGAUGGACUUCGCGGGUCAACCCAAGGGGGCCAUCGGACGCCGGGUCGUGGCGUACCUUAACACGGCUUUGUUGUCGCCGCAGAUGCUGUAUCUUACACACCAGCCGCAUGCGCUGGCCACGGCGGCUAUAUAUAACGCCGCCAAGGACUUGGGGGCCAAGAUGCCCGAGUGUCCGUGGUGGGAGGUGUUCGACGUGGAUCGCGAGGAACUCGGGUUCUUGGUCGUCGGGAUGAGGAGCUUGGACGGGUGGGUGAAACGGCAGAAGGAAGCCGUGCCGGGAAUAUUCGAUGACGGUAUGGUUUCGCGUAGUCGCAUGGAGAAUGAGACGAAGAAGAGGGGCAUCUAUAUCGGGAACGGGAAGGGUAAUGCGGUUGACGAGGAGGAUGAAGUUAUGCGGCAGAUGGACGCGAAAUCUACGCCUGCACGAUAAAAUCUGUCAUCUGAGAGAAGGAGGCGCGACUGAUACUCCCCUGGGAAUUCACGCCUGGUUAUUGAACUCGGCCAACUUACACUUGCAUAUAUGCAUUGGAUGCUGUUCGAAACAAGGAAUAGCAGUCUCGACACGAGGUACAAUUAUACACCCGCGGUGUCUUAUAGAAUCGAAACUAUAUGAGCAACAUGUCCGAAAUGAUCGGACUUUUUUACUUGCCUUUAAUUGAGUGGAAGGUUGGA